AUGACCAGCGCGGAGCUCAGGUCCGCUUUCCUUAUUGACCGCCUCUUCGUCCCUGGGGAGGUCGUCAUGACGUACACCCAGCACGACAGAAUGGUCACCGGCGGCGCCGCGCCCGCCGGCGCCGCGCCGCUGCGGCUGCCCGGCUCCGCCGUCGGCGGCAACGCGGCGCCGUUCCUCGCGCGCCGCGAGCUCGCCGUCUUUAACAUCGGCGGCCCCGGCCGCGCGGCCGUCGACGGCCGCGCCUUCGACCUCGGCACCCACGAUGCCCUCUACGUGCCCGCCGGGACGAGCGACCUCUUCUUCUCAAACGCGGACCCGUCCAACCCCGCGAAGUUUUGGCUGGCGGGCGCCCCCUGCCACGUGCCAUACAGCCCCGUCCUCGUGCGCAAGGCGGACGCGCAGCGGCUGGAUUUCGCUGCGCAGGUGCAGUCGAACCGCACGCUGUACCGCUACAUGACGGCAGACCGCGUGGAGAGCUGCCAGCUGACUAUGGGGGCGACGUUCCUGGCGCCCGGCGCGGUGUGGAACCAGAUGCCGGGCCACGUGCACCCCCGCAAGUCGGAGAUGUACAUGUACUUCAACAUGGCGCCCGACGCCCGCGUGGUGCACAUCAUCGGCGAGCCGUCAGAGACGCGCCACCUCAUCGUCUCAAACGAGCAGGGCGUGAUCAACCCGCCCUGGGCCAUCCACAUCGGCGCCGGCGCGGGCGGGGAGCACGCGAUUGCGUGGGCGAUGGCAGGGGAGAACCAGGUGCAGGAGGACCGCUUCCGGGUCAGCCUGUACGAUGUGGAGUGA